AUGCCAAACUUCGCGUCUGACCUUGACGCCAACACCGAAAACAGCGAGGACCAAUAUCAAGAUCAAGUCUUGGGUGCCGGCACCUGCGGCGACAAGUCCAUGAUUGCGCCCGAGACAUGCACCGUGGACAAUCCUGGUGCCACAACGCUUCCUAUGGCCAGACCUGGCCUGAAGGGUCUCUUUGAGCCGGCCGGUACCGGUGUCCUUUCACCACAUAUAGCCGUUUUCGAUGAGUAG